AUGGAUAAAUAUAAUAUUGAAGCAUUAAUUGGUGAGGGUACAUAUGGUGUUGUUUCAAGAGCAACAGUAAAAGCAACAGGUCAAAUUGUUGCAAUAAAGAAAAUUAGGAAGAUAUUAAUUCAAAAUCAAACUGAUGAUGGUAUAAAUUUCUCUGCCAUUAGGGAAAUUAAAAUAUUACAAGAGUUAAAACAUGAUAAUGUAGUUAAUUUACUUGAUAUUUUUGCACAUAAAAGUAAUGUUUAUUUAGUAUUUGAAUUAAUGCAAUGGGAUUUACAAGAAGUUAUUGAAGAUAAAAGUAUCAUUUUAAAACCAGCAGAUAUUAAAAGUUAUAUGAAAAUGUUAUUACAAGGUAUUGAAGCAUGCCAUAGGAAUUGGGUAUUACAUCGUGAUCUUAAACCAAACAAUCUUUUGAUGUCAAUAAAUGGUGAUUUGAAAUUGGCGGAUUUUGGUUUAGCAAGACAAUAUGGUAGUCCUAAUAAAGUUUUCUCACCACAAGCCGUAACAAUUUUUUACAGAGCACCAGAACUUUUAUUUGGAGCAAAAUCAUAUGGACCAUCAGUUGAUAUUUGGUCAAUUGGUUGUAUAUUUGCAGAACUUAUGUUAAGAACUCCAUAUCUACCAGGUACUGGUGAAAUUGAUCAAUUAAGAAAGAUUUGUUCUGCUUUGGGCACUCCAAAUGAAUCAAAUUGGCCAGGUGUAACAUGUUUACCAAAUUAUAUUAAAUUUACAGAUCACCCAGCAACACCAUUCAAACAAUUAUUUACAGCAGCAAGCGAUGAAGCAAUUGACUUAAUUAGUAAAAUGUUGUUAUUUAAUCCUUCAAAUAGAAUUUCAGCUGCUGAUGCUUUAAAUCAUCCAUAUUUCACAUCUGGUGUAAAACAUACUAAUCCUGCUGAUUUACCAGUACCAUUUGCUAAAAAAGCAUCAUUAUUACAACAACGUCAAGUUUUAGCUCAAGUUCAACAACAAUUAUUACAAAAACAACAACAACAACAACAACAACAACAACAACAAAUUCAAUCACAACCAGAGCCAAUUCAAGUUGACAAUGUAGAACAAACCCAACAAGCCCAACAAGUUUAA